UUUUUCGCCCCAAGCCGCCCUUCCCCUUCGCCCCUUCACGCAAUCAACCAGCCGGAAGCCAGCACCUGCAGCGACAUCGGCUUCACGCUCCUCACCGGCGACGUACUCAGGACGUCACACGUCAGACUGCCGGAGUAAUACAAAGAACAAGUAGUUUCAUAUUCGUCUUGCUUUGUUGCACAAAUAAGAAGUGAAGGACAAAACUUUGUACUUGGACCCUAAAGCUAUGGAGAACAAUAUGGAGAACGGAGGAGGAUACAAUGAAAUUCCUGAGAAUGCCCCUGAACAUUGUCCGGGUCCACAAUCAGAAGCUGCAGGUAAAUCUGAUGCAUGCCAAAGUUGCCCCAAUCAGCAGAUUUGUGCAACUGCUCCUAAAGGCCCUGACCCAGAUUUGGUUGCUAUUGUAGAAAGAAUGGCAACAGUGAAGCACAAGAUACUGGUUUUAUCUGGAAAGGGAGGGGUUGGUAAGAGUACAUUCUCAGCUCAGCUUGCAUUUGCACUAGCUGCCAUGGAUUUCCAGGUUGGUCUCCUUGAUAUCGAUAUCUGUGGUCCAAGCAUUCCGAAGAUGCUUGGUCUAGAAGGGCAAGAGAUUCACCAGAGUAACCUAGGAUGGUCUCCAGUUUAUGUUGAGUCUAAUCUCGGUGUCAUGUCAAUUGGAUUCAUGCUCCCUAACCCAGACGAGGCCGUCAUAUGGAGGGGCCCUCGCAAGAAUGGUUUAAUUAAGCAGUUCCUAAAGGAUGUCUAUUGGGGGGAGCUUGACUUUCUAGUGGUUGAUGCUCCACCCGGGACCUCAGACGAGCAUAUUUCAAUCGUCCAGUUCCUCCAAUCAACUGGAAUAGAUGGUGCUGUUAUUGUCACCACCCCACAACAAGUAUCUCUGGUUGAUGUAAGGAAAGAAAUAAGCUUUUGCAAGAAAGUUGGGCUGCAGGUUCUUGGUGUUGUCGAGAAUAUGAGUGGUCUCUGCCAACCAUUAUCACAGUUUAAAUUCAUGAAACCUACAGAGAAUGGCGAGCAGAUAGAAAUUACAGACUGGGCCAUAGCAUAUAUGAGAGAGAAGGCACCAGAAUUGCUAAAUUUGUUUGCCUUUAGUGAAGUGUUCGACACAAGUGGCGGAGGGGCGGCUAAAAUGUGCAACGAUACGAGUGUCCCAUUCCUUGGUGCAGUCCCAAUGGACCCUCAGCUCUGUAAAGCAGCGGAAGAAGGGAGGUCUUGCUUUACAGAUAACACGUGCCGGGCAAGCGCCCCUGCACUUAAGAUGAUUGUAGAGAAGUUGGCACAAAGAAUGAUAUCAAGAACAGAGGAUGGAGCAUAGGUCUCUACUCUUCACCCACUUGCCGGUAUUCUGCACUCCCUUUCUCCUGGCCUCUUGUGUCACGGUUUCUCGUCUCUCACUAUAUGCUUUUUGUUUGCAAUUUUCUAAAUUACUACUAGUUAUCAUAGGAACUUGGGAAAUGUAAAAGUUUAGAGUACAUAUAAAACAUUAUUAAAUGUUCAGAAGUUACUAAAAAAUUUGUGAAACUGAAAAGCUUACUAAGUGCCUAGUGUUCUUGUUUU